AAAUGGUUGCUACGAGACCAAUGAUAAAGUAGGGAGCAGAAACCUCUUUACUGAUGGAUCAUCAAAUAUUUGAAAUUACAAAUUCCCGCAUCAUUAGGGUCAACCCUAAUUAUAUUCUCUUUAAAUGAUUUUAAAUUCAGUUAGCUUUCAAAUGGAGAACGUGAUGAAGUUGAUUAGUUCUUUCAUGACUAGAUCUACAUUCUCCACACCAGCUAUCAAUCAGGAUGUUGAUAGUCCAUGUGGAAUCCCACACACUAUUCACGUGUCAUUCUACUUCUAUCAUAGAAGUCAUUCACACCCCGAGUUUUCCCGAGUUAAAAAUUCAAGUAUACAAUCUCAGUAGUCUGACAAAAAUGAUCCAUAACAAUUCACUAUCCCUCUUAAUAAUCAUGAUGAUUUUUGUGAAUCUAUCAAUUCCGAGUCCGGGUGCUUACAACACUAGUUGUCUUAGCAGUUGGAAACAUGAUGAUAAUGCAGAUGAACAGAAAUCGCAAUGUUCGAGGUUUACAACGACAUUCGAAUGCUUCUUCCCACUCGUCGACAACGAGUACUGGAUAAAAGCUCGAAGAGAGUCUACAUUUCAAGAAAAUAUCUCCCUUUCGAUGUAUCGUUACUACAUGGCUCAACACUUAUACGCCCGAUUGGUGCAGAUCAAGGCUGCGAAGGGUUUGGCCACCAGGACCGAGCGAAAAUUCGCUAAUCACGUGCAAUCAAUAGCCCCCUCAGUCCCUUACGGUACGUUCACUUACUUGAAUGCCAUAGGCGACAUAGAAAUCAUGAAAACGAAUAAAAACAACGAGUCUUACCUUGAGCAGUUCUUCGAAUACUCUUUCAUCUCGUGGCCAAAUGAAUGGGGUCAUUUUGGGCCUGUGGAUUGCGAUUCACAUUGGAUGUACAUGUCCUUCCCAGCGCCGAUAAUGGUCGCCAUCGCAGUUCAGGCAGAUCUGACUGUAGAAGAUCACCAAUCCCUGUGGAAGCCAAAGUCGAAGUACAUUCCAAAUUCUGAGCGUUAUGGGGUCUUUCCAACUCCCAAUUGGUUGGGAUGGAAACCAGCUGCUGCUGUCACAAUCGCCCAACGUCAAAACCUUCACUUGUCUGGCAUAACCAGAGAUGAUUAUGACGUUAUCAACUCACAAUUCCAGUUCAAUCCAAAACUUAUGACUAUUGUUCAUUCCUACUUCAGAGCUUCCCCUCAGGCUGCUGUCAAUAUGAAGACAUGGUACACCAAUAAGAGGCAGAAUGUUGGAACGAUGGAGCAAUUGACGUGGUUGGAACGAGAAGUUAGUACUAAUCCAUCAGUCAGCAAAACUUUUGCUUUCAUAGAGAAAGAUGUACUGGCGAUGCUGCAUCCACUCCAGGCUGGGACCCGAUAUCUGAGCAAACUGUCACUUAUCAUGGGAUUCAGAGUUAAGAAGUAUGCUGUGCCGAGUGACUGGGCUAUUUUCGAUUGGGGCCAUAAUGGGAGCAUUCCUCAAUGUUGGGUGCAAACGAGAAACGCAGUGUUCGAGUUUGGGGACAUCGGCGACAUCAGUGGAACUGCUAUUCCAUUUUCCUAUGACAGGGAUGGCAUAAGGACGGAGUUCCUUGAGAGAUGCUACGAGGGACGACCGAUGUAUCAAUGAGUUACUGUUGUAACUGGAUUUUUUUAAACAUUGAUUGGUCAACGAUGCAUUUUUCAAAGCACAUUAUUUCCUUUCAGGUCAAGACCCAUUUUAGAAUCGUUAUGGUAAUUAUCAAAUACGGACGGAUAUGUAGUCAUAGAAAUCCAUUGACCUUUGGAAUCUGUUAAAUUAAGAGUUAUCGAUCAUCCUUGAGAAUAAAAAAC